GGUCAAGGGUCUUCGUACACACCCCUGCCACCUCUUACCCAGCCUGAAUGCUGUUGCCUUUGCUCCCAGCUAGAGGACUGUGCCCUGCAAGUGUCUCCCUCUGGAUACUACCUGGACCCCGAGCUGUCCCUGGAAGAGCAGCGGGAGAUGCUGGAAGGCUUUUAUGAAGAGAUCAGCAAAGGGCGGAAGCCUACUCUGAUCCUGCGGACCCAACUCUCCGUGAGGGUCAAUGCUAUCUUGGAAAAGUUGUAUGGUUCCAGUGGCCCUGAGCUCCGCCGUUCCCUCUUCUCACUGAAGCAGAUCUUCCAGGAGGACAAGGACCUGGUGCCUGAAUUCGUGCACUCAGAGGGGCUGAGUUGCCUGAUCCGUGUGGGUGCUGCUGCUGACCACAACUACCAGAGCUACAUCCUUCGAGCACUGGGCCAGCUGAUGCUAUUUGUGGACGGGAUGCUGGGGAUAGUGGCCCACAGUGAGACCGUUCAGUGGCUAUACACACUAUGUGCCAGCCUGUCCCGCUUGGUGGUGAAGACAGCCCUGAAGCUGCUGUUGGUGUUUGUGGAAUACUCUGAGAACAAUGCACCACUGUUCAUCCGCGCAGUCAACUCUGUGGCCAGCGCAACUGGCGCUCUUCCUUGGGCCAAUCUGGUGUCCAUCCUGGAGGAGAAGAAUGGUGCUGACCCUGAGCUGUUGGUGUACACCGUUACCCUCAUCAACAAGACGCUGGCGGCGCUCCCGGACCAGGAUUCCUUCUACGACGUGACCGAUGCACUGGAGCAGCAGGGCAUGGAGGCACUGGUCCAGCGCCACUUGGGCGCCGCGGGCACUGACGUCGACCUGCGCACCCAGCUUGUGCUCUACGAGAGCGCCCUGAAGUUGGAGGAUGGCGACAUCGAGGAAGCCGCAGCCGCAGGUGGGCGGCGCGAGCGACGAAAACCAUCUUCCGAGGAGGGAAAGAGGAGCCGCCGAUCUCUGGAAGGCGGGGGCUGUCCAGCGCGCGCCCCGGAACCUGGCCCCACAGGCCCCGCCUCACCGAUAGGCCCCACCUCGUCUUCCACGGGCCCUGCCUCGCUGACCGGCCCCGCCUCCAGUCCCGUGGGACCUGCCUCUAACCUCCUCGCCUCCGUGAACCUCUUUCCUGCCAUCUCUGUGGCACCCUCAGCCGACAGCUCCUGCGAGAGGAGCAUCUACAAAGCCCGGUUCCUGGAGAAUGUGGCAGCAGCAGAAACAGAGAAGCAGGUGGCGCUGGCCCAGGGCCGGGCAGAAACACUGGCUGGGGCCAUGCCCGAUGAGGCCAAUGGACACCCAGAUACCCGGGAACCAUGGGACUCCCAAGAGCCAGCCCCUGCACCCAGAACACCCCAGAGCCCUGCCCCCCGAGUCUCGCUCCGGGCCCAGCAAAGCCUUGAGUCAGAACCCAAGGAGCCAGUAGAGCCACCAAGCCCCAAGGCUGAGCCCAUCCGGCAGCUCCCUGCCCGUGUACCCAAACUCUGCAUUGGAGACCUGGACUUCUCAGAUCUGGGGGAGGAUGAAGACCAGGACGUGCUGAACAUAGAAUCUGUGGAGGCCGGGAAAGGGGUCCCACCCCCACCACCCUCACUGCCCCUGCUCUCUGGAGGCCUCCCACCUCCCCCACCCCCACCCCUCCCACCCAUCAAAGGUCCUUUCCCACCACCUCCACCUCUGGCUGCCCCUCUUCCCCCCUCAGCACCUGAUGCCCCAGCCCUCCCCACCAAGAGGAAGACAGUAAAACUCUUCUGGCGGGAACUAAAGUUGGUUGGGGGCCAUGGAAGCUCUGGAAGCCGUUUUGGGCCCUGCCCCACCCUGUGGGCCUCCCUGGAGCCUAUCUCAGUGGACACAGCCCGGCUGGAACACUUGUUUGAGUCCCGUGCCAAGGACGUGCUACCCUCCAAGAAAGGUAGUGAAGGACGCCGGACAAUGACCACAGUGCUGGAUCCCAAGCGCAGCAAUGCCAUCAACAUUGGCCUAACCACACUGCCACCUGUGCAUGUCAUUAAGGCUGCCCUGCUCAACUUUGAUGAGUUUGCUGUCAGCAAGGAUGGCAUUGAGAAGCUACUGACCAUGAUGCCCACAGAGGAGGAGCGGCAGAAGAUUGAGGAAGCCCAGCUGGCCAACCCUGACAUACCCCUGGGACCAGCUGAGAACUUCCUGAUGACUCUUGCUUCCAUUGGGGGCCUGGCUGCCCGCCUACAACUCUGGGCCUUCAAGCUGGACUAUGACAGCAUGGAGCGGGAAAUUGCAGAGCCACUAUUUGACCUGAAAGUGGGCAUGGAACAGCUGGUUCAGAAUUCCACCUUCCGCUGCAUCCUGGCUACUCUGCUAGCAGUGGGCAACUUCCUCAAUGGCUCCCAGAGCAGCGGCUUUGAACUGAGCUACCUGGAGAAGGUAUCGGAGGUGAAGGACACGGUGCGCCGGCAGUCACUGCUGCACCAUCUCUGCUCCCUGGUACUCCAGACCCAGCCUGACUCCUCCGACCUCUACUCAGAAAUCCCUGCCCUGACCCGCUGUGCCAAGGUGGACUUUGAGCAGCUGACUGAAAACCUGGGGCAGCUGGAGCGCCGGAGCUUGGCAGCUGAGGAGAGUCUGCGGAGCUUGGCCAAGCAUGAGCUGGCCCCAGCCCUGCGUGCCCGCCUCACCCACUUCUUGGCCCAGUGUGCCCGCCGUGUUUCCAUGCUGAGGGUAGUGCACCGCCGUGUCUGCAACAGGUUCCACACCUUCUUGCUCUACCUGGGCUACAGCGUGCAAGCAGCCCGCGAAGUGCGCAUCAUGCAGUUCUGCCACACACUGCGGGAGUUUGCACUCGAGUAUCGAACUUGCCGGGAGCGGGUGCUGCAGCAGCAGCAGAAGCGGGCCACAUACCGUGAGCGCAACAAGACCCGGGGACGCAUGAUCACUGAGACAGAGAAGUUCUCAGGUGUGACUGGGGAAGCCCCCAGUAACCCAUCUGUCCCAGUGGCUGUGGGCAGUGGGCCAGGCCGGGGUGAUGCUGACAGUCACGCCAGUAUGAAGAGUCUGCUGACCAGCAGGCCUGAGGAUACCACGCACAGCCGCCGCAGCAGAGGUAUGGUCCAGAGCAGCUCCCCAAUCUUGCCUACAACAGUGGGGCCCUCCUCUGCACCUCCAGAAGAACCCCCAGGCUCCAGUUUACCCAGUGAUACAUCAGAUGAGAUCAUGGACCUGCUGGUGCAGUCAGUGACCAAGAGCAGCCCUCGUGCCUUAGCUGCUCGAGAACGCAAGCGUUCCCGUGGCAACCGCAAGUCUUUGAGACGGACACUGAAGAGUGGGCUUGGUGACGACCUUGUGCAGGCACUGGGACUGAGCAAGGGUCCUGGCCUGGAGGUGUGAAGGUGCUGCCCUAGGAAACCUAUCUGGACCCUGGUGUGCAGUGCAAGAGACUAUAUAAGUAGAGCGAGGAGGGCCCAGAGCAGAAUUCUGGUCCCAGAGACCAGUGCCUUGAGCAGUAUUAGCUUUGUGUGUACAUGUAUGUGUGCGUGUGCAUACGUGUGUGUGUGUGCGCGUGUGCGCGCGCGUGCACGCGUAUAUGUGUGAGCUCCCUGAACUCAUGGAGCAAAAUAAAGUUUUCCUAGCUAA